AUGAGGAUGUCCCUGGCGAACUCAAUCGGGCAUUCUGUGGCUAGGGUGCGACCAAGGAAGACGAUCUCAUCUGCGGGAAGCCGGAUGGGAGGGAUCCUCGAAGUGAUCCCAAGCGGCGUAGCUACCCAUCCGGGUUAUAGUUUCGAAGGCCUUAGCCACGUCUCGGAAGUUCCUCUUAAGCCUUCCAUUGUUGCAGUUGCAGUAGCUGGUGUAAUUUAUUUUGAUUCAGAUGGUGGCCCUUCGACUUUAUCGAGUUUUCGGGUCCUUCCCUCAGAGGAUAACGCCUUUUCUGGAAGCACCUCCGGUUCUAUCAAAUCUUCGGGGCCGCUCCGAGUCUAA